AUGGACGUACUCGACCAGCUAGAUAAUCUGUGGUUGGUGUGCUUCACCGUGUUCGGACUGACUGGGCUAUGUUUCGCUUUAAGUGGAUUGAAGAACAAACCAGUCUGCCUUCGUUCGAAACUCCAUAGCCCUCGAAGUGGAACCGCAUCACAGUCGAUUUCACCGGAGAAGAAACCAGCGCAGUAUGCGGAUACAUUGCCACCUCAGGGCCGUCAGGCACUUGCUGCAUUGCCGGAAUUCGCGACAGGAAUACAUGAAGUCGACGAAGAGAAAGUUCUCAAACACAUCCUUCCCAUGACCGUGGACUAUACGACCUGCGGGGAAGACAGAUACACGCCAAUGGGAUUCUCAAUGGCUGAAAUUAAGGCCUUAGGGGACUUUCCGGACUACGCAAAACUCAGCGGUGUGCCCUUGCCUCGAGAGUACCCCGAGUUCAAAAUUGAAAAAGCGCUACCCAGGCCAUAUCGUCCGUUUAGAUGGGGCUACCACCAGACAAUGUCAUUGACAAAGCUAGAAACGGAUUGGUGGAUAGAGCUCGAGAACACAUAUAUACAACGGAUCGCGCAACGGAAGGACUUGUACGCAAAGCAUGGGGAUGCGGUCCUGGGCUGGCUUCCAGGAUCAGAGCUGGCCUGUAAAGAACUCAUGGAAAUGGUUCUGCAAUUCAUCUGCGCCCGGUAUCCGCACUACUUCUCGUUGGUGGACAGACGCGUCCUACAAAAUAGGAUUUUGGGAGUAGAACAGGAUAUAAGAUCUAAGCAUCCUCUUGAGAUACUGCUGGACAACGUGCCCGAAGACUUCGGUGUGAUGCUACGUGAUGAAACAACGGGUAACUAUUUUUUGCGUGCCGGAGUCAUCUGUUCUGCUUUGGGAUGGAAUGUCGGCACCAAGAUCGGACUUCAGCUUCAUCAGAUCCAUGGCCCAGUUCCUGAUUACAGGGAGAAGAUGCAAUUCUCUAUGGAUCGGUUCUUCACCAAAAUGCCGGCCGACAAACCGAUACAGAGAGGAUCCUGGGGUCUUGAAGUCGGACAACCUUUGUAUAUGCCCAAAGGAGACCCUCACGAGAAACUCCGACUGUCUCAAGAUCCCAAUCUUCAGCUAGAGGAUUGCUAUCUCAGAGUAGACUGGCAAACUCUUCGCCGUCUUCCUCUCUCAGGAGCCAUCGUAUUCAACUUCAAGGCACUGUUCACACCGGUGACCGAACUCCGGGAUGAACCUGGCGUGCCCGCAUUGGUAACCAAGGUCUUGAAGGAGGGCAACAAAAAUAUACUGGAGUAUAAGAGUACGUGGCACGUGGAACAUGUUGUACUUCCCAAGCUUGAAGAAUGGGCAAAAGAACAAGAAGAGAAUGGGCUCGUUCCCAGCGAUUGGGAGGUAGCUACAUUGGAUGACAGCCCAUGGUAUCAAGAUUGGCAGGAAAAGUGGCAUCGCCAACAAGGCUUUUAG